AUGGAUCUUGAAAUUCUGAAACGGAAUAGUGAAUCUAUAAUAAUCCGUGAAGUAUGGUCCGAAAAUCUCGAGUCCGAAUUCAGAUUGAUUUCAACCCUAAUCGAUGAAUACCCUUUUAUUUCAAUGGAUACAGAAUUUCCGGGUGUUAUUUUCAAAUCCUCAGGGGUGGAAUCCAAGCACCACUACCACCGCCGUGGUAGGUCAUUGCCGUCUCAUCACUACCAGAUCCUCAAGUCAAACGUUGACGUUUUGAAUUUAAUUCAGCUUGGUCUUACUCUUUCUGAUGCUGCCGGGAAUUUGCCGGAUCUGGGAUCCGGUCACCGGUUUAUCUGGCAGUUCAAUUUCUCAGACUUUGACGUGGAGCACGACUUACAAGCGCCGGACUCGAUCGAGUUGUUGAAGAAUCACGGAAUUGACUUUGAGAAAAAUCGACUUUCCGGGAUAGACUCGGCGAUUUUUGCGGAGUUGAUAAUGAGUUCGGGGCUAGUGUGUAAUGACUCAGUGAGCUGGGUCACGUUUCAUAGCGCAUACGACUUCGGUUACCUCGUGAAGAUUCUCACGCGCCGCCUGUUGCCGACGGAUUUGACCGACUUUUUAGAAAUUCUCAGGAUCUAUUUCGGGAAUAACGUGUACGAUGUGAAAUAUUUGAUCCGGUUCUGCGAGAGUCUUUAUGGCGGUCUGGACCGCGUUGCCAGUGCUUUGAAAGUAGACCGGGUUGUGGGCAAGUGUCAUCAGGCCGGUUCAGAUAGCUUGCUGACGUGGCACGCCUUUCAAAAGAUUAGAGAUGUUUACUUUGAGAAGCGUGGGCAUGAGCAAUACGCCGGCGUUUUAUAUGGAUUAGAAGUGUAUUGA